CGGGCUGAUGCAACGGCUCGGGUUAGUCCCACAGCCCGCAUCCACUCCCGCUCCGUCCCAUUAUUACUGCGGAUUUUCGGACGCACAACAGCGUCCAAACACAGUCGCAUCAUUGACAGAAGACGACUGACAAGUUUUCUCUGAGGGAUGAGGAUAAUAGGGCCUCCAGUCGUGCUGCAAGCUAUUGCAGCGGUGGUGGCCGGGUCGGACAUGAUGCCGGGACAGAUCCCUGACCCUUCGCUGGCGGCGGGCUCCCUGCCCUGCCUGGGCCCGCUGGCGGGCAUCUCGGCCACCACGCUCACUGACCAGCUCAAACUGGCUGACUUCCGCCAGCUGGGCACCAUGCUGUCCCCGCUGCAUUUCCUGGGGAGGCUAGGGAAGAGGUCGCUGGCCAUCAAGACCGAGAUGGACGAAGACGACGAUAGGAGGAAACGGAGACGAGAGAAAAACAAGGUAGCAGCAGCACGAUGCCGAAACAAAAAGAAGGAACGGACCGACUUCCUUCAAAGGGAAUCGGAGCGUCUGGAGAUGGUGAACUGCGACCUGAAGGCCCAGAUCGAGGAGCUCCGUCUGGAGAGGCAGCAGCUCAUGGUGAUGCUCAAUCUCCACCGGCCCACCUGCAUCGUGCGGACCGACAGCGUCAAGACGCCGGAGAGCGAGGCCAACCCCCUGUUGGAGCAGCUGUCCGCCGGCGCCAAGUGAAACCAGGAGACCCGGGGACGCCGAGUCCCUGACGCCCCCCAAACCGGCGGCACAGUGGGAGUCUUGUGAAAAGCUAACUGGCGCUACAUUUCAAGACAAGCACUUGAGCUCCAAGCUGAAGACUUUUGGAGACUCUGCGCGAAGACCUGAGGUCGCACAGCUUCCUCAGCACUGCUACAUGAGCUGGCUCUGUCCAUCGGGAGACUGGCACUGCCCAGCUUCAUCUCCACAUCAAGUGUUGUUGUUGACACCCGCUGUGCCUCGUUGUUACUUCAACCAUCUCUACGUAAAAGGGACCAAUGGGAACAGUAGAGGACGCCUGGAAACGACGCUGAGGAACCACACUAAUAUGAAUAUGGUGCUCUGUUACAAAAGCCCUGAAUAGAUGGUGCGGCAUUGUUUCAAUGCAGAAGCUUAGUGUUCUGCAGCUUUCUUUUGGUAUGCUAGCCGACAUAUACAGGUGUAGAGUCUUUAGGAUACAAUACUCGAUACAAGUACACCAGACGGAGUAGAGUUUAUUUAGUUUUUGUAAUGUUGAUUUCUAUACUCUGCCUCGACGAUGGCAGUAACCGGUUGAUCCGAGUUGUGGUGACGCUGGCGUCAUGAAAAGCACAUAUACACAAAAUGUUUACACCCGUGUCUUUUGGACUUGUUGUCUGUCCAUUAUUGUACUUGUUUUAUACUGCUUUGUAUACAUAAACAUAUAUGAAAUGCUUGUU